ACGAUUCUAAUACCGGAAAGGCUAAAACAACCACAAGGCGAGUACGAAAUGUCAAAACCCCUGCUCAUAAUAAUAAUAAUAAAGGAACAGGAACCGAAUCUGACGAAUUAUUAGAUAAAAUUGCAAACAAAGGAGAUGCGAAAGAUACUUUAUCUAAAGAUGAUGCUGAGAAACCAACUACAAAACGAAGUCGAAAGGCUGUAAAACCCUCAAAGACUCCCACUGAUAAUAACAGCAACAGCACAGAAAUUAAACCCAGCGUACAUGGAGAUGCUGAUGAUAAAAAACACGAAGUUAAACCACCCAGAAGAGGACAACGCAAUGCCGCUUCUAAAUCUAAUAAGUAA